AUGGCGUCUGCAGACAUGAGAGAUGAGCUGGAGUGCUCCAUCUGUCUGAACAUCUACACGGAUCCCGUCACGCUCAGAUGCGGACACAACUUCUGCCGGGUCUGCAUCGACCGCGUGCUGGAUACCCAGAAGAGCUCCGGAGUUUACACCUGCCCGGAGUGCAGAGAAGAGUUCUACGAGCGUCCCGCGCUGAGGAAGAACACGACUUUAAGCAACAUAGCGCAGCGCUUCCUCUGUGCGGAGCCAAAGCCGGGAGAGACCCGAAUUCUGUGCACCAACUGCAUUCACGCUUCUGUGCCCGCCGUUAGGACUUGUCUACUGUGCGAGUGCUCCUUGUGCGAGAACCACCUGAGAGUCCACAGCACCUCACCGGAACACGUCCUCGUGGAACCCACCAAAUCCUUCGCCAGCAGAAAAUGUCCCGUCCACAAGAAGGUCCUGGAAUAUUACUGCACGGAGGACGCCGCCUACAUUUGUGUCUCCUGCCGGCUGGAUGGAGAACACAAGAAGCACAAAAUAAGCCCGAUGAAGGACAUCGCUGAGAAGAAGAAGGAAAAGCUGAAGACGCUCCAGAAAAAACUGCGCUCGAAGCAGGAGAAGAUCGGGAACAGGGUCCAGAAGCUAAAGGAACACAGGAGAAAAGCUGAAGAGAAAGCAGCCGGAGAAAGCCAGAGAGUCACGGCCCAGUUUGAAGACCUCAAGAGACGGCUGGAGGACAUCAAGAAGAAGGUCCUGAGUGAGAUCUCCAGGCAGCAGGAGCAGGCCUCGCUCUCCGUCUCUCAUCUUCUCAAGAAGCUGGAAAUCGAGCAGGACGAGCUGUCCGGAAAGGCGCAGAGGAUUGAGAAGCUGCUGAAAAUGACAGAUCCCUUCACAGUGUUACAAGAACGGGAGUCGCUCAACGAUGACUCUUCUGACUCCAGGAAAGGGGACGAGGAGGACAGAAAGCAAGAGGACAAAGUCUACAAGAGCGAUCUGGAUGAAGGUCGGAUCUCGGAGACUUUAUAUGGCGGCCUUUGCGAUCUCAUAACCUGUAUAAAAGGAAGGAUUUCUCCGGAUAAGGCAACGCAAGUCCUACUGGACGUGGACACGGCUUGCGAGGACGUAGAUAUAUCGGGGGACUUGAAGACGAUCUCCAAAUCGGAAAUGAAACAGUAUCACCCUCAGAGGUUUGUGUAUUAUCCGCAGGUGUUGAGCGCCUGCCCCUUCUCCUCGGGGCGGCACUCUUGGGAAGUGGAGGCGAGUGAUACUGGAAAUUGGAGGAUUGGAGUGUCUUACUCUACAGUUGACAGGAGCGGGGAUCAGUCCUAUUUUGGAGACAACAGCAAAUCCUGGUGUCUUCGUCGCUUUAACAAUAGUCAGUAUUCUGCAAUACACGAUGGCAAGGAGGUCUCCUUAAAAGACAAGGUCUCCAGUCAGAGGCUGAAGGUCUUUUUGGAUUAUGAGCUGGGUCAGGUGUCCUUUUAUGAGCUGUGUGACCCGAUUCGACACCUCCACACCUUCACUGCCACCUUCACCCAGCCCCUCCAUGCUGCCUUCUGUGUGUGGGAUGACUGGGUGAAGAUCACAACGUGA